GUCCAGAGUAGAAGGCCCAGAUCCUCCUCUGUCUGGGUACUCUUUAUUUUUUCUCUUUGAUAUGUGCAGAAACGGUUCUGACAGGAUGGCCGCUCUUUUCUCUCCUCCUCUCUACCUGCAGAGAUACCAGUUUGUGAUCGAGUAUGUUAAGAGGUUCAUCCCCAGGAAGGUGAUAGACCUGGGCUGUGCUGACUGUGGGCUCCUGAGGAAGCUCAAGUUCCACCGAAACGCUAUAGAAGUGCUGGCAGGAGUCGACAUCGACUGCGCUGCCCUCAGAGAGAGAGUGAAUGCAUUGGCCCCACUCACAAUUGACUACCUUCAGCCAAGUCCCAGGCCUCUGACCAUUGAACUCUACCAAGGGUCAGUCACAGAAAGGGAGCCAUGCACCCAGGGCUUUGACCUUGUGACAUGUAUGGAGUUGAUUGAACACCUCCAGCUUUGGGAAGUGGAGGGUUUUUCCAAUGUUGUGUUUGGAUAUAUGAAUCCCUGUGCUGUGAUCAUCAGCACUCCCAAUGUAGAGUUCAAUCCUUUGCUCCCGGGAUUAAGGGGAUUCAGAAACAAAGACCACAAGUUUGAGUGGACCCGAGCAGAGUUUCAGACUUGGGCACUGGGAGUUUGCAUGGAAUAUGGUUACUCAGUAGAGUUCACUGGCGUAGGAGUGGCUCCAGGUCAGAACAGAGAUGUUGGAUUCUGCACCCAAAUUGCUGUUUUCCAAAGAGAUGCUGGGGUAUCAAAUGGACCCGUGAACAACGCUGUGCAAAUGGAACCUACAGUUUACAGACUGCUCUACAGGGUGGUUUACCCGAGCCUGUGUGACAACAACAUCUUCCAGAGGACUCUGGUUUGUCAAGUCCUCUACAGGGCAGAGAGCCUGAAAAGGGAAUUUGAGUUGGGUGAGCAAAGCAUGCAGUCUGACCUCACUGCAUGUGCCCACAGUUUACCACCAGACGUUGUGGCGGGGAGCACAGUGGUAUACAGGCACAGAAGCCAUGUUUUUGUGCCUCUGCAACAUGUGUGGACUGACCCCAAAGUGCAGGCUUUGUGUGGAAACAUCCACAGACUUCGACAGGCUCUGAUGGACGACUCGCGUGUGCAGCUGGAUACUGACAGAGAUGCUAUUAUACUACCUGAUGAGGGUGAAGAGGAGGAAGAUGAAGAGGAAACAGGUGAAUGUGAGGAGGGGAAUUUGACACCAAGCCCCGUAGUUGACAACUCAGAAGAGGACUGGGAGACUGAAAUUGGCUGAUGUCUUAGCUUAAAGGAAAGUUUAACUGAACAAAGGAGUCACCCUGGUAACCUUGUGGAAGUGUUGUCAUCUUUACUUAUAACAACUUAAAGACACAGUUUGUUUCCUGUUGUAAUUCCCAAUUGUUCUCAAGUUUCAUCUAACAAGUUCAUCUGAAGAAUUUUAAGAAAAACUUAAUAACCAGUCCCAGAGCAUGUUGCUACCACCACCAUGCUUAACAGUUCCCAGUGCUUUUGAGGGUAAAUGUCUCAUAUUUACUCCUCCAAACAUCUUUGUCUUAUCUGACCAUAAAACCUUGCUUCAGAAGGCUGUUCUUUA